AUGUUGAUGCAGUUGGCCCUAGACCUUGACAUGGAAGUGCAUCAAAUGGACGUCAAGACGGCGUACCUCAAUGCACCAGUCGACUGUGAACUGUAUAUUGAGCAGCCAGAAGGGUUUGUCAAACACAGUGAGUCUGGGGAAAUGUUAGUAUGUAAACUUAACAAAUCACUUUAUGGUCUCAAACAAAGUGGGCGCAACUGGAACCAUAUGUUGCACACUUUCUUGACCAGUAAAGGCAUUACACAACUUGUUUCUGACCCUUGCGUGUAUAUUAAGAAACAAAAUGGCAAGAAAACUAUUUUGCUUAUAUGGGUAGAUGAUAUUAUUAUAGCAUCCAAUUCAACACCCUCACUAAAACAAGUGAAAGAUGAUUUAAGUUGUAAGUUUAAGAUGAAAGAUCUUGGAAUACUUUCAUGGUUCUUAGGUAUUAAUUUUACCUUUACUGGCAACACUAUAACUAUGGAUCAGAUUAGGUACAUCGAGAGAAUUUUAAUUAGGUUCAAAAUGGAAGGAUGCAAACCAAGGGUGACUCCAAGCGAACUUGGAGUCAAUAAGGCAAGUGCUGGGAAUUCAGACGAACCCGCUGAUCUCAAGUUGUAUCAGGAAAUUGUUGGGAGCCUUAUCUAUGUGAUGACAUCAACUAGACCCGACCUUUCCUUUAUUGUGACAAAGUUAUCUCAGCAUAUGUCAAAUCCUUCCAAUGUCCAUCUUUGUAUGGCAAAGCAUGUGCUUCGUUAUCUAAAAGGUACUAUAGAUAAUAAGCUCACUUUUAAAAAGUCUAAGGAGGGAUUGAGUAUGCACGGGUACUGUGAUGCUGAUUGGGGAUCAUCGGAAGACAGGAAAAGUAUUACAGGUUAUGUUUUUAAACUAUCAAAAGAUGGACCAGCCAUCUCAUGGAAAAGUAGGAAACAGCCAACGGUAGCGCUAUCAACCUGUGAGGCUGAAUAUAUGGCGCUAGCAGCUGCAGUUCAGGAAGCUAAGUUUCUUAGGCAAUUACUAGGGGAGUUCCUUAGCAUCUUUAUUCUCGAACCAACCAUAAUCCAUUGUGAUAACCAAAGUGCCAUUUUCCUUGCCAAAAACCCUGCGCAAAACCAGAGGUCCAAACACAUAGACAUAAGAUAUCACUUUAUUAGGACAGAAAUCCAGUCAAGAACUGUCGAUGUAAAGUACGUACCAUCUGAAGAGAACUUGUCCGAUCUCUUCACCAAGCCAGUCACAAGGCUCAAAGUAGGUAAGUUUAUAGGACAUCUUGUAGGUUGAUAAAUUGUUCAGUUAAACAAUUAGUGAUAUAUAUCCUUUUAAAAUAUAUCCCAUAAUAUCUUAAAAUUAAGUUAUGUUGCGUUGCAUUGAACAAUGAACAAUUUAACAAAAACAACAACACAUAUUCAUGUAAACAUAGAAACUUUAUUGUUGUAAUUAGAAUUAUCAGUUUAAGUGGGAGUGUAAAACUAUAAACUAAUAUAUUCUAAAUGUAUGUAAUUAAUGUCACGUGUCAUGUCCAUGUAUUGAACUCAAUAAAAGAUACUCUGUAAUGGCGAUCCUAGAGAGAAAUGUGCUUUGACUCAAUCCCAAUUUAAUCUAAAGGAAUCUCCGUCUGAAAGCUUAUAUGGCGUCCUCAACAAAAUUUAUACGAUUAUAAUGAUCUUAAAAAGUGACUUUUAAAUAUUAUAUAAAAGUUUAUAUCGCUUUAUCAUAUGUUGUGCAGUACUACAAGACUGAUAAAAGAAAAAUGUGGGUUUUUUGUUGUUGUGGAGAGUAAAUUCGAAUAAGCUAAUUAAACUAAGUAUAGGUAAUAGCAUGGUUUCGAGUGCAAUUUGGAUAUAACAUGCACGAGUGAGUUUUUCAAUGACCUCAAAAUAGCACGAGUCCGAACGACGAGUGCUAUUUGAGGUCUUUGAAAAACUCACGAGUGCAUGUUUAUCCAAAUUUCACGAGAAACCAUGCUAUUACUUAUUAAUAAUUUACACAAAAAUGUUCGAGACAAUUGUAGUUUUAACUUACGCGUUUAUAGCGAACAUUCCACUGGCAAAGUUUUCCUGGCUUUGUUAUAUCACAUUACAUUAUACAACGUUAGCAGCUAUGUAAUUUUUGUUAGUCUUGUUUAAGGUAAAUGCUUUUCCAUUUAAAAAUAAAGAUAAAAGCCAUAUUUUCCACGCGAAGGCAACCUUUACUUUGUGUAGCGCGGCGCCAUGUUUGUUUUGUUUUGAAGCAAUCUGUGACCGUUACUUCUUUAAACUAAAAUGCUUUAAAACUGAUUGGUUGAUUUAAUCAUCACAAUGUUUUUCCACCAAUCAGAUCAGUUUGUUACAGAUUUUUGUACUGUGAUUACAGAAAAUUGCACCCUGAUUACAAAAAAAUGCACUGUGAUUACAGAAAAUUGCACUGUGAUUACAAAAAAUUGCACUGUGAUUACAGAAAAUUGCACUGUGAUUACAGAAAAUUGCACUGCUGUUUGGGAUUAGCUGCACUGAAAUCAACCAAUCACAGUCGAUCGAGUAAUAUCUUUAUGUAUAUUAUUAAGUACGUAAUUCCUAUAGUAAAACAUGCAUUCGUAUUCAUUUGUAAGGCACUAAUUUUCAAACACAUGCAUUAAUUUUAUGAAAUUCUUUACAAGAAGCUUACCUCGUCUUGUUUUCCGAUGGCAUUCCAUUUCGAAUUUCCUCUAAAAUACAACUUCCUCUCGUCAGACCGGUAAGAAACCAAGCCUUCUAUCUUCGGAAGAUUUUUCAUAGAUUCAUUGUUGGGAAUUACUACAACCUGGAAAUUAAAUUAGCAUUUAUGUAGCAGUAAUAUUUGUGAAACCAUGAAGGCAUGAACAAGAAUUAAUUAGUGUGAUGGUCAAUCAGAUUUCAAAGAUGAAUUCGCGUGUGCAAUUUAAUUUGUUGACCCCAUAGAAACAUAAUGGAAGUAUUAAUAGGUUGCAGGCACUGGUAGAAAAGCAUAAUUAAAACCACGACGAUUUGCAACUAAUUUGCAAAUAAAUUGGUUCGUUAUACACAGCCACAGCCAACGUUGUCAUCACGGACGUUUAGCUCAUGAUUGUGUAUUCGAUAUGAGUGAAAUUGAAUUGGUUGAGCUACUAACCCUUAUAUUUAACCGGUAGACAACGACGUGCAUGUGUAGAGUUGGUUAUCAGCCAUAUCGAACGAGAGUAGUUUCCGAAGCUAGCAAACUAAAGGUCGAGAGUUCGAUUGCCACCGCGGCCAAGCAAACUUUUCAGCUUGCCCGGUGUAUGAUUAUGGACACACUCAGAGACAUACACACAAGCAUGUACACCAGGGGCGUAGGAAGCGGGGGGGGGGGGCACGGGGGGCACGUGCCCCCCCAAAUUUUUUUAAAGGACUAAAAGUGCCCUUUUUUGUGAUAAAAAGUGCCCUUUUUGUGUUGAAAAGUGCCCUUUUUUGUGAGGAAAAGUGCCCCUUUUGUAGAAGCUAAUGUCGCUGUAAAUACUAAAUUAAAACAAUAGGCGCCGUUUUUGUGUGGAAAUUUACAAUUUUUUUUUAAAAAUUAGGUCACAAACAUAAAUUUCGGUAUGAUACGACGGAAAAUUUUCCUCAGGAGAAAUUUCUCUCCCCCCCCCCGUCGACAACAUUUCCGGGGAAAAUUUUUUAGGUGCCCUUUCCGAUAGUAAUGUGCCCCUACAAGCCGGUGCCCCCCCCAAACUCCAGGUGCUUUCUACGCCCCUGAUGUACACUUAUUGAGAAAUUUCUUUAAUUAAUUCAAUAUAUUUUGAAAGACUUUUAGACAUAUUUUGAAAGACUUUUUUUCGUCUCUCGUCGCAGCUUUGUGGGAUUGCAAUAUUGCACGAUUGCGUGAUAUAUUAUUAUUUUAUCGGCUAGGAAUUCCAAUUAAAAAUAUGUUCUCGAGUUCUCAGAACUGAGGUCUAUGACUAUUUGAUUUUUGUUUAUAUGCAUGUGAUGCUCGUAAUUUGCAUGGACAUUGCUCGAUAAUAAGAAAGCAUCGACUUUCAAAGACAUUGUGUCAGGCCCAGGGGCGGAUCCAGACCGAUCCAGCGAUGCGAAUGCAUCGGUCAAAAUUGAGAAAUCAUGAUUCAUGUAGCUUGAAAUAUAUAGAUAUAUAAUGUCGCCAAUACUCAAAGCACUCAGUAAUAAAACUCCUAUCAACCCGCAAAUCUUUGCUUAAAAUUGACUCCAUGUCAGGAAUACACUAUUUAGGAUGAAAUCCAAUUUAAAUAGUCUCAAUAACAGUCGAAUUUGCCAAAAUAAGUCCAAUAUGCGACGUGCGAUCGCAAAUGUGUUCUUUCUGUUAUUUUGCGACACUUAAGCGUCAAUAUUUUCACGACAAAAUAUGUUAUUUUUUACCGCAUCCUUUGACGUCACAGUUGAAGUCAUCCGCAUCCUUUGACGUCACCUACGUCACGUUAGAUUCGAUUUGGCAUCACUGGCAUCCAUUUUGCAUCCAUCCUCGUUCCCAGGGCUUCUCGGCUGCCUGCGUUGCCGUAAACCCUGGGACAAGCCGAGGAAGAAGUGAUUUGAUUGGUCGUUGGAAAUAGAGUGAAAUAUGAAAAGUUUAUUCGUCAAGUGGAUGUUUAUAUUUGCAAUAUGGCUGCCUUCAAGGAGUGCGCGUUCGAAAUACGAAGAAAUACAAACGUAAACUGCUUGUUUUCUAUGGAUUAAUGGAGAUAAUUUGCAAACAGAAAGAAAGAAAAUAACAGAAUGGACAAUUAUAAAGUAGAAGUAAGCAACAAUAUCGAAGAAACGUCAAUUAUGAAGCCAUUAAAAAGUUUCUUCAUUUUAACAUUUUCUUGUUAUAAAGUUGUCUAUUAUUAAAACAUUGUGCUCAAGUAUAAUUGUAAAAUUUUAAGCACACUGUAAAUAUAAAAUGUUUAAAAAUAUAUAGUUACGAUAGUAAAGUUUUAAUGGUGUAAUAUAUUGUGUUUUAUUAAUUAUUAUGCUUUUGGUAUUGGUCACUUGGCCUAUUUAAUACCCGCCUAUAUUAAAAUGGCCAAUUGGAAUUUAUAAAUAUAGCAUAUGGAAUAUUAUGGAUGUAUUUUACUAUUUCUGAAUUUUCCUCAGUUGUAUUAUUAGUGAGUAAUUUUAAUAGCUUUUAAUUAAAUACAGUGAAUAAGCUUAUAAGCAUAUUCAAUUUCACCAGUCAUUUGAAUCCUUGCACCUUUGGCAUACCAGAGGGGAAUGCAAGGACAAUCGCCUCUUAAUUCACUGGUUUAUCAUUUCUUGGCAAACAGGGAAGACACUUACUUUCAGUGUCCAAGUUGGGAAUGAGUGAGGUCAUGGGGGGGGGGUCACUUAGUCUUUUAUAUAAAUGUUGAAAUAAAGCAGUUGGCUAUAUAAAUGCUGAAAUAAAGCAUUUGGCUAGGAAAGGCGUAGUCUUUUAUAUAAAUGCUGAAAUAAAGCAGUCGGCUAGGAAAGGCUUUUACAGAACAGUAAAGGAAUGGUUUGGGAAAUUUCAUGUAAAAAUUCUAAUUGAAUACCUGAGGAUGAUAGGACCGAAGAAAUUUACCUUGCCAUUUUGUCCUGGCUGCAGGGGACUUCACUGAAUUUCACACACCAAAUUAAGUGAAUGCCCCUGGUAUGCCCGAGGUGGGGGUCUCAAAUUCUUGUGUCAUAUUGGAUGAGAUCAUGAAUUUACACUGUUUCCUGUCAACAGUUCAGAAUAGAAUGCUUAUUCUGUUGACUUAUUGCAAAUCUUGUAAGAAUUGAAAUUAUAAAAUAAACUAUUAUUAUUGACAAAACUGAAAAUUUGUAUAUGUAUAUGCAGGCUUCUGAUUUUAAACCAUUACAAAAAUGACAUAAAAGUUGCUUUGUAUUCUAAAAUUCUGGUUUAAGCCUCCUGCUAUAGAUACAGUCUAUUGAACUGGAAAACGUUUCAUAUUUUUAAUGUGGAAAUGUGUAGUAAUCUAUUGAUAAAUCAGAAUGUUAACCCCACCUCCCUUACCAUCACUCAGGUAUACAUCCUGUUGUGGUGGAGAUUUAGAUUGGAUCCCUGGAUAGAUAUUAGAAAACACUUAGUCACACUUCUGGAUAAUGAGGGGGCAAUGAACUCCCCGAUGUGAAAUUGUAAGAAAUUUAAAAAUUGACCAGUGAUAACUUGACAUUAUGUAUGGGAGUCAAAUUUGCUAACAUUACCCUCCAAUCAUUGGCUAUCCCAUUCGGCCUCAAAUGAUUUGGCCCCUAUCUGAAACAGAAGGUGCACUUGCAUGUAGAUUAAAAUAUAUUGGAAUGCAGAAAAUAUUGUUAUACUUUAAUCUGAAAACAAAAAUUUCCCUGAAACAAUUAACAUACAUUGAGCCAUACAGUCAUGCACAUAGUUUUUGACUGUCAGACUGUCAGAUGUAUCAAGCAGCAUAGUGAGUUGCAUUCAUGGCCAAAGACAUAUUAGGUUAAUUAUUUUACAUAAUUAUUUUCCUUCAUUUGCCACGGCAUGUAAUCGGUGAAGGAUUCAGGAUUAUCCUGCAUGGAAAUAACGUUUUAAACGUGCUAUAUACAGUAAAACGGUGUUCAAUAUUCAUACUACAUGAUGGGCAUAUGGCCAAACAAACACCUUUACAAUUUACGCACGCAUGAUUUUGUAUACAUAAUAUAGAUUUAAUUCUAGCAAUUCAAAUCCAAAACUCAUGGCGUCAUACAUGACAUCUAUCUAUAAUUUAUAUUUUCUUGAAAUGUUAGGUGAUUCAUUGUUAUUGUCGUUGUUGUAACCCAGUAAACAGACUCACAUGUCGUUCUUGUUCCUUUUAAUAUACAACAUACGAUGGACGAUAAAGCUUCGAAUUACUUCUCUUUAAUUUCCAGUCCGGCUUUGUCCAGUCUUUGAAGUGACUUUACAAGCGCGUGUUGAAACAGGUCAUCUGUACAAGAAGCCAUGAUGUUUCGAAUCACAGCGGCCACUUCGAGCACAUUUCGACUCGAUCAUGUUUACAUUAUACAUGAAAAUUGAUACAUGUAAUACGAAACCGAAAUAUGGUUGCAUUUUGACGAAUAUUAACGAUAUAACGAAAUAUAAAACCCCAAUAUGUAUAAUUCCAUUAGGUGGUCUGCACAUAUUCCCUUGAUGGUGGAAAAUACAUCGAAACAAAAGAAAAAUCCAAUAAUUUCUGCUCACCAACACGUCUCCACUCCUCAGUAAGUAGUGCAUAGUCAGCAUUUUUAGCUUGCAGCAGAACGCGUUUACUUCCGGAAAACACCAGAAUUUGUGGUGUUCCGGUUUGGCUUGUCCCAGGGCUUACGGCAACGCAGGCAGCCGAGAAGCCCUGGGAACGAGGAUGGUACCAGAGCCUCUGAACCGCGCAAAGGCCCUGGGUACGAGGUUGGGUAAGAUGUACCUUCGACAUCUGUUCGAAACAAAGGCCCUUCCUAGGUAUCUGAGAAUUGACAGAGGAACUGAAACUGGUAAGAUGGCUACUAUUCACACAUAUCUCAUAAACAAAUCUGGAAUUAUGAAUGACCCUACAGAUUCUGUGAUAUAUGGUCCAUCAACAAGCAAUAAGAUAGAGCGGUGGUGGCGGGAUUUGCAUGAAAGGUUAGAGAAGUUCUUUAAACAACAGUUAACAGUCCUACUACAAAGACGACAAUACAAUCCAUUCUUCUCACAUGAUCGCCAAUUGCUUGCCUAUGUUUAUGUGCCUAUUGUUCAAAGGGAAUGUACUAAUUUUGUUAAUUACUGGAAUUCACAUAGAAUACGUGCCCAAGAUAAGUUGGAAAUUCCUACUGGCAUACCUAACCACAUGUUUGCUUUCCCUGAGAAUUAUGGAGCCACUAAUGAAAGCAUUGAUUUGUCAGAUGACGACAUUCAGGAUGUUGCUGAAGUUUCUGGUGUGAUGGAUGAAGAACACAUAGUUAAUUUCAUUGAUCCAGAUACAAAGCAACAAUGUGUGGGACUGAUCCCAAAUCCUGAGAAAAUUGAAGCUAAGAAUGCAAUUGAAGCUUAUCGAUUUCUUAAGCAAAACAUUCCUGAUCCUCCAGGAACAUGA